AUGGAUAAGAAAGGAGGAAUAGACAAAACCCUCUUUGUAAAGAAUGCAGAUGGAAGAAUCAUGAUUGCACAGAUAUAUGUAAAUGACAUAGUGUUUGGGGGAAUGUCUGAUGCAAUGGUAAAAUACUUUGUCAGUCAAAUGCAGAAUGAGUUUGAAAUGAGUAUGGUUGGAGAAUUGACUUACUCCCUUGGACUUCAAAUCAAGCAAAUGGAAGACUCCACCUUUUUGUCUCAAAGAAAAUAUGCCAAGAACAUAAUGAAAAAGUUUGGAAUGGAUAAUGCGAGUCACAAAAGAACUCCUGCACCAACACAUCUAAAGCUAUCCAAAGAUGAAGGGGGCAUAAGUGUUGACCAGAGUUUGUAUAGGAGCAUGAUUGGAAGCUUGCUAUAUCUAACAGCCAGCAGACCAGAUAUUGCAUUUGCAGUUGGAGUAUGUUCCAGAUAUCAAGCAGAGCCAAAGGUAAGUCACCUAAACCAAGUCAAGAGAAUCUUCAAAUAUGUAAAUGGAACUUCAGACUAUGGCAUAUUGUACACUAACAGGAGUGACCCUGUUCUGACUGGAUAUUGUGAUAUUGACUGGGCUGGAAAUGCUGAUGACAGGAAAAGCACUGUCAUACCCCAAAAUUUGCCUUCCAUAUUUCAGUCAUAA